AUCACUUUAACCCUUGACAUGAGCUCUGUGUGUCUCACGUGGAACCAACAUGGCUGUUUUUGCAGAUUUAAACAUAAACUACACUGAUGAUAAAAAACAGCUUCGGGAUAUUAUAGAAACUGCAGCACAUCUUGGUUAUUCCACGGUGGCAAUAAAUCAUCUGAUUGAUUUACAACCAAAGAAGCAGGAAAUAAGGAAACCUGCUUCUGUUGAUGAACUGUUCAGACAACUCCCUGUUGUACAGGGGAAAUCCAGGCCAAUUAAGGUGUUGAACAGGUUAACACUCGGAGUUUCUGAUGCAUCUCACUUUAGGCCUUCUGCAGAUUUGAAGUAUUAUGACCUUGUGGCUGUGGUCCCUAAAACAGAGAAGCUGUUUCAUGCAGCCUGCAUGACAUUUGAUGUUGACAUAAUCUGUAUCACUGUCACGGAAAAGCAGCCUUUCUUUUUCAAAAGACCUCCCGUAAAUGGUGCAAUAGACAGAGGAGUGUUCUUUGAGAUCACUUACACCCCCGCUAUUAAAGACUCUACCAUGAGAAGAUAUACAAUCUCAAAUGCACUCAGCCUGAUGCAGACUUGCAAAGGAAAGAAUGUCAUAAUAUCCAGUGGAGCAGAAAAGCCUUUGGACUUGAGAGGACCUUAUGACAUUUCUAACCUGGGGUUGGUGUUUGGCCUGUCUGAAGGGGACGCCAAGGCCGCAGUCUCUACCAACUGCAGAGCUACGCUUCUGCAUGCAGAAACCAGGAAGACGGCACUUGGUGUAAUCCACACCAUAAAGAAAACUCAGACAGUGGAGGAGGACCAAGAGCAAGAGGCUCCAGCGUCAAAGAGGGCCAAAACAAAACAUGUGUAGUGGGAUUCAGAGUGAGGAUAAAACCCGUUCUGGAUGAUCACGUCGGCAGCCUCUUGUACUGAAUUAUGACAUGUACAGUGUUUGCAGUGACAAACGCCACUGAGUGAUAUGGGCAAAUGACUUGUAAUUUACAAAAAUGGACAAAUGUUUGUAAUCCAGUACUAUGGUUCAUCAGAUGUCCAUCAGGUGUUGAGAUGUUUUUUUGUAAAGAAUGGGUUUCAUUAUUUUGCAGUCUGUUUUUUUUUAUACAAGCUGCAAAAUGUUUUAGUAUGAUAAUCUGAAUUCUCAAUGGACUGAGACACCACCAAACUUAAGUUUUCAUUGUUUAAUACCUUAGAUGGUGUAAAAUGCUUGUAAGCUGCACAUUUUUGAAAAACGUUUGAAUGUGCUUUUCUAUAGAAAAAUAAAAUACAGAUACAUAUUAAAACUGCAGUGCUGUUUAUUGUCAUCACAAUAAAUAAGCAAAAUUUACAUAUAAACUUUACAUGAAGUAGUAUAAAAAUACAUUGGGUACAGUAAGUGCAUUACUUUCCAAAGGCCUUGUCAUUGCAAAGCCCAUUAAAGUCUUCUCUUCUCCAACGUC